CGUAUAGGGCUCCAGUAGUGUGGACAUAUCCUGUACGCAGAGCUGCGGGCCCCGGUGCCCGUGGCAUCUAGGUUUUUCCGCCCUAGGCACGACUGGGGUCUGGCUAACACCAGCCCUGGUCUGGCUUUACGAUAGAUGAACGGCGCAGCAUGUUGUCAGCCCGUACAGGGAAUGUUCCCAAGACCGAUCCAUACUUCCCCGGGCCCGUGUGAAUGCAGGCAGCCCGGACCAUGGAUCCUAGGUAGCCGACGUCGCCGACAUAAUUGCCGUGCAUAUCUGGGCUGCUACUACAAUCCUACAACCCACCGUACGCCUGCACGGCACUAGCACCCCAUCACAGUUUGCCCUUGCGUUUCAUGUGUUAGCCGAGGUGA